CUAUUUUCUUUAUUUGCAAGUCGCCGCACAAAAUAAUCAUCGAGAUUUUGCUUAUUCAAUUUUAGAAAACGCGUUCUUCAAAUAAAAUAUAUAAUUUUUUGAGAUUUCGUUAAUAAAAUGAAAAAUUUUGUCGAGAAAUUAAUAUUAUUUCUAACAAUUAUCCUCAUUCAAACGCGGCAGCCACUCACUGCUGAAAAACUCUGCCCCAUCGGCAACUGCAACAACGCCGGCAAUUGUGCGCUCGACGGCAGCAAAAUACAAUGCAGCUGUGUCGCCGACUACUUCAGCGGAGCGCGCUGCGAGCAAUUCAUUAACCACUGUGAGGCGAACCCUUGUCGCAAUGGCGCCACCUGUGAACCGGCGCUGGGACAAUUCCUCUGCAAGUGUGUGGACUCUUGGGGCGGACAGCGUUGCAAUGUGAAGGAUGCGCCAACAUUUACGAAAAUGCAUGUACUCUUCAAUCCGGUCGGUGUGUUUGGCGAACGUCAGAACUUUCUCGUCACCGUAGAGACUUUGGGUACAAGAGAUUUCAUUUACGAGGCGUACACGUCAAAUUGUCUCAUCGACACCUUUGAAUCGUUUCCCAAACGAAAGAGUGGCUUUCGCUACUCCAGGGACUUGAGAUCUGUAGCGCGUUCAUUGGAUUUACUGCACGCCGGACGCUUACCAUACAAAAGCGGUUACUAUCACGAAGGCUAUGAGACUUUCUGGGAUGUGGGUACAUUGAGCAUAACUGCGCGAGUCGCCGAUAUGGAUUCGAAUGCCUUGUAUGAGCAUACUUUUGCAUUGUACAUCAUACAGCCCUCGGAUGUGCCUUGCAUCCCCGAUAUAGGUUUCAUGCAUGGCUCCAACCCUCAAGAACCGCUCAUGAUAGAUAUAGCACGCUUCAAUGUCUUCAAUGCCAUUAUACAUAGACAUUGCGUGUGGAACUCACGCAUUGAAAUGGAGUGGACUGUGCACAACAGCAUCGGCACAAUUGUUUUGUACGAAUUCGGCAACACUGGCAAGAAGCAGUUGAAGGUUAAGCCUUACAUUCUGUGGUUCAACUAUCAAGGCGCUGUGGCCCAGUCAUAUAUGGUGCGUGUUAAUGUGGAUGAAUACUAUAACGACAUAGUGGUGCAUAAAAAAGUGCGAUGUUACAUAUUCGUUAUGUCCAAACCAGUCUCGGCUCUCAUCUUAGGUGGCAGCAUACGUGAAGUGGGCGCUCGUCAGUCAUUUUACUUGGACGGCUCAAAGAGUCGUGAUUUCGGUCUCUCGCCUUUCGUGGAGCAAAGAAUGAAAUACAAAUGGAGUUGCGACUCAAGCGAGGACAGUUCGAAUAGUUUCUGUAAACCACAUAUGGGAACAGGCAGCAUCCUCCAUGUACCAGCUGGGGUACUUAAGUUAGGCAACUCGUAUACAUUCAGCUUUCGAGUUAGCUCAUAUGUCAGCGUAAAGGAAGCAGAUGUAGCAAAACAAGUCAUUAAAAUUACAAAUGAACCCACACAUUAUGUGUACAUCGUCUGUGUAAGGAAUUGUGGAAUGGGUACCUUUGCUGCGGACCGCAAGGUACAUCUACGCAUGCGCUGCGUCACUUGUACGGCAGAACCCACAAUCACAUGGGAAGUAAGUGGCGGCAGCAAUGUACUUAAGAAAGCACAUCGUCUCGGCUUUAUGCCACCGAACAGUGGCAGCGUCACAGUUGAAGCAACAGCGACCGGUGGAGGAAAGAGUGGAAAAGCUAUUGUGGAGCUCAAGCAUAAUGCACCUCCCACGGCGGGACAAUGUAAAGUAGAACCCAAUAAUGGCGUAGAAUAUGAGACUGAGUUUCAUAUAACAUGCAACGGCUUUGAGGAUCCCAACGUGCCGAUCUCUUAUCAAUAUAUAGCCGAUACGUUCAGCUUCGAUCGCACCAACGAACGAUUAAUGAAUACUAGACUGCCAGCAACGAAUAGCAUCAAAAUUGUUGUUUGUGACUUUCUAUUCGCCUGCACCGAAGCACAAGCGCCUGUGAGCGUAUCCGCCAUGCAGGUGCCACAAGACGAGGCGGCACUCAGGACACUAUUGGCACAACCGAAAAACAAUAUCGCCAAACUGUUGUUAGAUGGCGAUGUCGAGCGCGCCAUGGUGCUAACAGAAGUGUUGACACGUAAUAUGGGCACGCUGGCCAUGGGCGAGAUCAUAUUCUAUCAUUUGAGAUGGCUCGACUUGGAGACGCUGCUGCGCAUCGAGCAGUUAACAAAAAUAACGAGAAAUUUCUUAGCGCCUCUACAGCCGCUGGACAAUAAACGUGUCACGCUUUUCACCAAAUUCCUGCGUAUGAUCGCAAAUGGAUUUUACUUUAUCAUCGUGGAUAGGGAGUAUCAAGAGCUGCUGCCCGAACCCUAUGAAUUGCUCAACAAUCAAGUCGUGGACAUGAUUGCUGAAUUCUCCGCCAAACUGGAGGAUAUGCCACCGGUCGUGCGCAUCGAACCGGCGAACAGCGGUUCUGCAGAUCGUCUCAACGAAAGUUAUGCGCCACUACCAGAUUUCGACGAGACGGUGCUUACGCGUGUCGGUAAUUGGUUGGAUGUUAUAUUCGAAGUCUUUCGUUGUCUACACUUUGUGGGUAUCACAAGCACAGUGAUGCACGAGCCGACUGAUGAUCACUUUAAAUUGGACAAACCGGGAGUUAAGUUAGACGUAUUCAGUAUCGAGGGCACAAAAAUGAUGAAUUUGGAAACUGCAAAUCGUAAAAUUGAAAUAGUAAUGCCUACGAAAAUGCUUGCAGAACUCGAACAAACGCUAGAUAGUGCACAGUUACACUUUCAAGUAGUGUCCUUCGAGCGCAAUCCAUUCUGGUGGUAUCCCGAUACGGAACCGCUCGACACAAGCAUAGUCGCGUUUAGCGUUUACAGCAGCGCCGAUCCUUUGAGGGAAGAGACAAUACUCGAGAAUCCCGUUGAGUUUCGCAUGACAUUAGCCGAGAACACUGAGACACCGACAGUAAGCAGCAACAUUGUUGAAGGCUAUGUUAACGACUCGCUAGAUAUGCCUAUCUACCGCAUUGAAUUGCCCGAGAACAGUGCCGCAAUUGUCAAGUUCUCUGAUCCCACCACACGCCUCUGUGUUAAGUUAAAUUUGUGUACAAAACCGCGCAGUUAUCAGGUGCGUAACUCCACCGAGAUCGUGCCGGAGAAGAGUACAUUUCAUGUGGUGAACAAUAAGAGUGGUAAUGUCUGGGCUUACCUGGCUGUGAUGGCCGCAGAUGAAAUCUCUUCUCGCAAGACAUUUAAAUUUGAGACUACCAUGCUGAAGUGUCUCAUGUGGGACUUCAAAUUGCGUGAUCCCGAAUGGUCGACGGCUGGUUGUGUGCCAAAAUUGAAUUUAACCGAUGCGGAGAAUUUGACUUGCAGUUGUUAUCAUUUGUCGACGUUUGCGGGUAAGAAACAUGGACAAACCGCCGCGGAAACUGACACCUCACGUCAAGUGUUGACCCAUUUGCCCGUCAAUGGUUAUAUGGUAUUGUUUUUCUUAGCGCUCUUGCCACUAUUCGCUGCGCUCUUCUGGUGGGCUUACUACACGCUGCAACACCACAAGGGCGACUUAAUUACAUUGCUCGAUCAGGAAGAGUGUCACAUUGAGUAUGGUUUGAAUGUGCACAUAAGCACCGGUGGCCAUUGGCAUGCGGGCACCACUGCCAAUAUCAUUCUUAAGUUCGCUUUGCCGCAAGGUGCACGAAAAUUCGUUAUAUACCAAAAUCCGGCGAAUCCGCAUCUCAUCCGGAACUCUACUUGUACACUCCGUUUACCGCUAAGCGGUGAUGAUUUGGUGCAGCCGUUACUGCUGAGCAUACGCCGCGACAAAUCCGGUCGUUAUCCAAGCUGGUAUUGUCGCAAUAUUGUCAUUGAGGAUUACGCCAAUGAGGUUAUGUGCACCUUCGAGGUUGAACAAUGGAUAACCACGAAACCGCUGGUUUUGGACGCUACAAAUUUUCGCGAAGGCUCGCAGUCCUUCAAGCGUACCUUCCGCAGUACCCUUGAGAGUCUCUUUAUCCAAUGGUAUUUGUUUCAGGCGCUCAUUGGUCCCUGGAAAUAUGGUGAAAUGCCCUUAAAUCGCUUCGAACGUACUUGCAUUUGGACUGUCAAGUUAGCCGUAGCCAUUUGCAUUGUCACCUGUUAUAUGGGCCGUACGACUUUGGAGACAUACGAGGAAGAGCGUGAGAAAUACAAAAAUAUGGCCUAUGAUGCGUUUGAAAUAUUUUUUCUAUGUGUUGUUUCUUAUAUUGUUUGUUUUUUUGUUGAGUUGGCACUUAAAGCUUUCAUUCAUCAUGAUGAAGUGAAGAAUAAAGUAAAUGAUGAAAAGUUUUCGAAGGAAGAGUAAUUUCGAUGGGUGUUUUUAUUUUAUAUUAUUUUUAAUUUGGAAAAUAAUUGUGUAAUUAUUUUUAUUAAACUGUAGAACGCUUGUAGGUUGGUACAAAAAGAGCGACUCGAAGAG